AUGCCAAAGAGAGGUCAAAGACGGUCGAAUACCUCUUGGGCUUCGGGUCAAACCGAGUCGACUGCGGAUCAUCGUCUGGAAAAGUUGGUCGGAACCGGAAGCACUGCGGGCGGGUGGCUCGUCAAGGUGGAUCGAAUCAAUCGUCCCCCGGUGGCCGACAAGACAAUUUCAGUUGUCGAUGGCCCUUUCCCAAACGCGAGCUGCUUUCCUUAA